AUGUACUGGCCGAUUGGUACGCCCAACGUUUAUGCUCUGCGAAAGCAUGCGAUCCCGUCCUCAAGCGUCACACAGUCUCAUGACGGCGUCGAUGGCGGUGUUGAAGGCAAUUCGGAAAAUGCCGCUGGCAAUGGCUCAGCACAUUCCCCCAAUGGAGCUGCCAAAACGCAGGGACAGCACGAUGAAGUGUUGGAAGAGCAUGAGAUACUGGACAUGAAGGUCUCUCGCGGUGGUAGUGUCUUUGUGACCAUCACGCGCUCAAGCUUGACUGUAUGGCAGUCCAAACCCACGGUUGCGUUGGCCAGUGUCGUGCGUUCACCACAGUCCAUGAAAUCGUACGGUGCAAAUACGGCCUUACUGCUACGACCUGAUGCUUUGAUCAUUGUCGUUCAAACGGCUGCGGGAUAUCUCAUUACGUAUUCCCUUGCGACGGAUCCGUCUGCACGAGUCUACCAGACCAUCCUCCCCGAAUCCAGCAAGCACUCACGGCAUAACAGCGUGGACGGAUACAGCAAUUUUCGUAAGCAUGGCGCUGCGACGGCCAAUGCUGCUGCAGGAGAGGCCGAUGGUAUACGCGAAGUGAACGUGCGCUUCAGAAUGGUCAUCCGAAUCGAUGCAGGCAUCAGCAAAGCGCUUGCGCUGGAAGACGAGCUGGUUGUCGCGACGCAAAAGCCCUCAGCUCUCCAAUGCAUCAGGUGGGUAGCGGAGAAAGGCACGUCUCAAACAAGCACCGAACUGGUCAGUCGCAUGGCUUGGGUUGGCGGCAAGCAAGUUGUCAUUGAGAUGGUUCAUGACCGACCUAUGAAUUUGGCCACAUGGAUCACCAGCGACGGACGAGCGUUUGCGGUACAGAGAAAAACCGGGAAGAACGUCGAAGCUGAGCAUUCCAAGAGCCUUUUUCAAGGAUUUUGUUUCCGCGACCCAGAAUCCGACGAUGCCAUUGCAACCAAAGUUGCUAUCAACGCCCGAUUCUCCUUGAUCGCGAUCGGGUGUUUGAAUGGAGAAAUUGACGUAUAUGUAGUCAAAGACUACACCGGCAAUAUCCCGUUCUCGCACAAGCUUCGCUUACCAGUCGGGAAAUCGACUACCGGCAGACUGACCUGCUUAGCCUACUCCCCCGAUGGCUAUUGCCUGUUUGCAGGCUAUGAGCGAGGCUGGGCUCUGUGGAGCGUCUAUGGCAAGCCAGGCGCCAACACAUUCAGCAUAGACCGAGCUCAGGCUGAGGGCAAUCGGGAGAAUUGGCUUCGGGGAGUCAAGAGUGCAUUCUGGCUCGGAGGUGGUUGCGAGCUUGCUUUGCUCCCAAUCGCGGACAAUCAAGUCUGGAUCCUCGACAUUGCGCGGAACUCAACGGCAGCUUGUUUCUCACCCGCGAACAUAUCGCGGGGCCUAUUGCAUUCAAGCAACAAUGUCAUGCUCUACAGAGGCCAUGAAGUACCAGACGUGACCUCUUUACCUUCGGAUGUACCUCUUUGGCAGACCGUACAGGUACCCUCAUCCUAUCUCGUGCACCAAUGGCCUCUCAAGGCCGCUGUCAUAUCACCCGAUGGGAAAUACGUGGCGGUGGCUGGUCGACGAGGUCUUGCACAUUAUAGCGUCACAAGUGGCCGAUGGAAAACGUUCGACGAUCCACAAGCGGAGCACGAAUUCAGCGUUCGCGGCGGUAUGUGCUGGUAUCAGCAUAUUCUUAUUGCAGCAGUCGAAGCCGACAAUCGAUACGAAGUUCGAUUGUUUUCUCGCGAGAAGUCCCUGGACUACUCGAACAUCCAGCAUGUUGAGCAGCUCACCGCUCCUGCCAUCACCACCGCAGUCUCGGGCGCCGACUCGUUACUUGUGUACACUUACGACAACACCUUGCUGCACUAUGUCAUUGUCAUGACAGGUGUAUCUGCAAAGCUGGUACAAGUCGGCCAGAUUGGAUUCCAUGGCAUCAUCAGAGCACCUCCGCGUGUCCGCGCCAUCAGCUGGAUUCUACCUGAAGACCAACUCGAGCAUGGCGAUCCGUCUCAAGAUGUUGCGACGGCAUCUGUUUUGUUCCUCGUCGACGGCAAACUGGUCUUAUUACAGCCCUCUACAAACGAGCUCGGAGAAUUGAAGUACGACAUGCGAGUGAUUGCGCAUAAUGUUGAAUACUACAUGUUGCUCCGCGAUCAACCGCCUAUGGUUGCGGAGUUAAAAGCGGGAGGAGCGUAUAACGCAGGCACACCUGCACCCGGCGGAUUGCAAUUCGACGACCAUCUCGGACAUAGCUUGCGUGAUUCUCUGUGGUACUUCGAUGGAACCGGCUUUCAUGUAUGGUCCGAUGUGCAAGACGUCUUAGCACGAGCGCCCGCGGAGCUGGGCAGAGACCUACCUCCGGCUGUUACCAUUCCGCUGGAUUUCUCUCCCUUGUCUGUGGUCGUCGCAAAAGGCAUCCUGUCCGGCGUGGAAGCUGAUCUCGUGCAACGGCGGGAUGUCAGUUUUAGCUUCUUCCGGCACGCACCCAGGACACAACUCUUUCUCCCCCAGCUACUUCGAUACCACCUGGCGGAGUUCAACUCACCGGCGGCCUUACAUCUGUCCAACUACUAUCAGCACUUGCCCUAUUUCUCUCAUGCGUUGGAAGUGUUAUUGCACGACGUGCUUGACAUGGAAGUGGACAAUCCUCCCUCACCACCCGAGACGGCUCUUUUGCCUACCGUCUUGUCAUUUCUCUCCUCCUUUGGGUCAUACCUCGACGUGGUGGUCAACUGCACACGAAAGACCGAGCUGCGCAGCUGGCAGACCCUGUUCACAUUCCUUCCGCCCGUUCUGGAACUCUUUGAACAGGCGUUGACGCAAGGCAAGCUCAACACGGCUGCAGGCUACCUGUUGGUGCUUCAUGCAUUCGAGCAAGACUCGUUCCAGGUUCACGAGUUCUCGCAAUUGCUGCAGCGAGCCGCAGUGGAGCAAGACUGGGAGCUAUGUAAAGAACUGGCGCGCUUCCUUGUGGGGAUUGACAGGUCCGGUGAGACAUUGAGGACCGCACUGCGAGAGGCUGGGUUCCAGGACACACCUAACGGGCCCUUUGCAAGCUUUCAUGCAACUUUAGCACCAGGCAGUGCCGACAAGGGGGGGAAUGCGAGGAAUACAGGUCACCACAGGCAUAACGGGCGCACAAACGGAGCAGUGGACUACUUCUCGGUCACCGCACGCCUGAGCUCUGAAGACGAAGAAGAGGUGGAAUUCACUACACCGGAUGCAUGA